AUGGUGACCAAGGAAGCGGAAAUACAGCGAGCCUCGCGCGCAUGUCGUCUUUGCCGGACAAGGAAGAAGGCGUGUGACAAGAAGCUCCCAGAGUGCGGUUACUGCAUUCAACGUGGCUUGACCUGCGUAUAUGGUGAUGAUUCCCACUCGACAUCGGCCGAAAAGGCUGCCAUUUUUGUUGGCAGCGUCCUGGCAAUGCGCUCAAGCAUCCCGAUCUGGCUGGCUGGCGAUCUAAGCCCAUCGACAAUGCAGUCCCAGUCUCCCGGCUUAUACAAUUCCCACCAGGGCGUUCAAGAUCCAGCGAUGUCGCUUGCUAAGGCCGUGCACGCCCAGGUCGACCACAUCAUACGAGCCGCGAAUAUAUCCUCGGACUACAUACAAGAACGCUAUUUCCGGCAUUUUCAUCCCCGUCUCCAGAUCCUGGAACCGAGGCUCUUUCAAGAAGCCAUCGAGCAAGAGUGUGGCGUGCCUGCUCCUGAUGUCACCAUCCUACUUCUCGCGAUGUACCUCAUCACGCUAGAGCCUCCAAAUGAUACCAUAUAUAUCACCCUCCGAACCAUCUUCACCGCAGUCCAAACUAGUAUUCGCACAUCAAUCGCCUUGAUUCAGGCCUCCCUACUGAUUUCGUGCUACGAGUACACUCAUGGCUGGCUCGACGCAGCAUACAUCUCUGUAGGCGCAUGCGUCAGAAUGGGCCGCCUUAUUGGCAUCAACCGGCUUCAAGGAUCACGCGAUGACGAAAGUUUAAAAUCAGAUACUCGAGAAACUCUCAAGUUAGUCGAGUCAUGGAACCUUUGGUGGGGCAUCACGAUAUUGGAAAGCGCUUUACUGUCGGAAGUCGACGAAAAUGUCCAAAAGUCUGUUUCCGACUACCAUCUGGGAGAUCAAUCUCCUCUCCCACUCGGCUCAGAAUCUACCGUGGGUUCUUCCAUGCUCCGCUGUUUGAAAUGCGUGCCCCUAACUGUGUCUAAGGACAACAGCGAUUUCACGCGCCUAGCGCAGGCCACAUGCUUGCUCAACCGGGUACGGCGAGCGGUGACUUUCAAAAUUGAUUAUUCUGAGCUGGCGGCCAUCGACAAGGAGAUACAGUCUUAUCUUCUCCUCGCCUUGAACGAGGAUCGAGACGGAUGCCCUAAAGCUCUGCAUAGUAUCUCCGUUGCUAUUGCCGUUCGGGGUCUAUUCGUGCUUCAUCAACGUAUUCUAAACGAUGUGGGAGAGCGUCAAGAUGGGUAUUCUCGGAAUUCAUAUGCGGCGCUAUACACAGCUUCAAAAAUGGUCCUCGACGCGGCCAAAGACCAUUAUUCCAGCAGCGCGAAGCCGAGGAUACUCUUCCUUCCCCUCUGCUGCAGAAGAAAUAUCCAAGACGCGAAGGCAUUCUUGACCGAUUCGGGCGAGCAGCAUUGCUCGGCCGUGGAUCUUCAGCACUUACGUCUGGCCGAGGAAGCUCUGAACAAAAGAUAG